AUGCAGUUCACUGACGAAGAAGCGGAGGACGUGAAGAACUGGGUGGUUAAAAGGCUGGAGGAUAUCUCGGAUGCCGACUCCGAUGUUCUGGCGGAUUACGUGCUUGCGCUCAUUAGGACAGAUGCGCCGGAUGACGAAAUCAAACAGACCUCCGUCGAGAACUUGGAGGACUUCCUGAGAGAAAACACUCAAACGUUUGUGGACGAGCUCUUCGCCUCCUUUAGCCCGAAGCCAGCUGCUCCAGCGGCAGUUCCUCAAGCUCAGCCUCCCGUCCCCGUGCCACAGGCGCAACCGGUCUUCAAUGCUCCCACCGGCCCCAAGGGUGAAUUCUACAACCGGAAGCGGACGUACAAUGAGGGAUUCCAAGGCGAGGAAGAUAGUGGGAAUGGCGUGCCGCAGAACCGUGCUUUGAAGACUCCGCGCCGCGGGCGUGGUGGCCGUGGUGACUGGCUGGGCCGAGAUGGGCGCCAUGCACAGGGUGGGCAGCAAUAUCUACAGGGUCAGCCUGGCAGCUUCUCCAACCCUAUGAUGCCUGGAUUCCCGCCAUUUGAUCCGAAUGAUCCGAUGGCGGCGAUGAUGGCGAUGCAGGGCAUGCAGGGCAUGGGUUUCCCCCAGAUGCCCGGGAUGCCUGGCAUGCCUGGUGCUCCUGGUCAGCCCGGUGCUGAGCAGCUGGCAGCAGUGAACCAGCGCUGCCCAUUCUACGACACUCAGGGUAUCUGCUACCUGGGCGCGACUUGUCCGUACCAGCACGGUGAUGCCGGGCCUAAGGAAGAGUAUGACCCGAAGACCGCAUCACUUGGGACGGGCGCUCAGCGAGGAGAAGGUGGCCCUUCACGCGGUGAUCGUGAUCGCGGCCGCGGCCGUGGGCGCGGUGGGUUCAACGCACGAGGACGUGGCGGCCGGUCCGACUUCUCGUCCGCUGGACCUAACGAGGACCAAUCGAUUACGACGAUUGUCGUCGAGCAAAUUCCUGAUGACAAGUUCUCCGACGAGGCAGUGCGCGAAUUCUUCUCGCAAUUCGGCAACAUUGUAGAGGUGACGCUGCAGCCCUAUAAGAGGCUCGCGCUAGUCAAGUUUGAAACCUACGCCGAGGCUAAACAGGCCUGGGCUAGCCCAAAGGUGAUCUUCGAUAACCGCUUCGUCAAGGUCUACUGGCACAAGCCCAAGCGGGAUGAUAAGAACGGCGAGUCUCAACCUGCGACCCCUGUAUUCAAUCAGGACGAGUUUGAAAAGCAACAGGAGGAAGCGCAGAAGGCCCACGAAGAAAGAUUGAAAAAGCGCCAAGAGGCCGAAGAGGCCAAACAGGCCCUGGAGCGCCAGCGUGCUGAGCUCUUGAAGAAACACCAAGAAGAAAAGGCGCGUCUACUGCAGCGUAUCGGCGGUGGCGUGCCGGAGCCUAGCAAUGGUGCCGGCGAAGCUGAUAGUCAGUCCGGCGAGACUACCCCUGCCCCGGAUGAGAACGUGAGCGACGAGACGAAGAAACUGCGUGCGCAGCUGGCUGCUCUGGAGGCGGAGGCAAAGACACUCGGAAUUGAUCCCUCUAACCAUGCCGGUCGAGGCGGCUAUCGUGGUCGUGGGGACUUCCGUGGCCGUGGCGGAUACCGUGGACGUGGAGGGUAUGAUCCUUCAUACCGUGGGGGAUAUCGCGGCCGAGGUGGCUUUUCGCCUCGUGGCCGAGGAGGCGUUUUGCGCCUAGACAACCGACCACGACGAGUCGCUGUCUCGGGCGUUGAGGCUGGUUCGGAUAAUGACGAGGCUCUGCGGCAGCAUCUGAUUGGCAUUGGCGAGUACGAGUCCGUCGAGCCCAACCCCGACCAACCGGGCUCCGUGAUUGUGGCUUUCAAGGAGCGCUACCAAGCUGAGAAGUUCAUGUUCAGCCCCUGGAAUGCUCCCUCCGCAGGUGAGGUCCAAAAAUCUUGGGUCCCCAACCCGCCUAUUACCGUCACCCCCACUGCGGUACCCACGGAGAAGAAUGGCCCCGGAUAUGAUGAUCAGGACAUGGUCAUCGACUCUACACCAGCUCCCCAUGCGCCGGCGCCGGAGCACAUGCCGCAGCGGGAAAUGGACUACGAUGUGGCGGAGGAAGACAGCUGGGGCGCAUAG